AUGGGUCAAGCACAAUCUGGUGGAUUCUCCAAUUUUGGAGAUGGAGCAAAUGGUGACAAGAAAAAAGACCAAAAGAAGGAUAAGCCUAAAUAUGAACCUCCGGUUCCUACUCGUAUCGGCCGCCGUAAAAAGAAAGCACAAAGUGGACCAGAGUCAGCAGCAAAGCUACCGGCUGUUUUACCCAAUACUCGAUGCCGCUUGAGGUUGCUCAAAUUACAGCGUAUUCAUGACCACUUACUAAUGGAAGAAGAGUAUGUACAAAACCAAGAACGUCUUAAGCCCCAAGAUGAGAGAACCCAAGAGGAACGCAAUAGAGUGGACGAGAUUCGUGGUACCCCUAUGUCCGUAGGUACCCUAGAGGAAAUCAUUGAUGAUGAUCAUGCUAUUGUUUCUACUGCCGGACCCGAAUAUUAUGUCUCAAUUAUGUCUUUCGUUGACAAAGACAUGCUAGAGCCUGGUUGUAGUGUAUUGCUUCAUCACAAGGCAAUGAGCAUCGUUGGUAUUUUGCUUGAUGAUACGGAUCCUAUGAUUAAUGUUAUGAAACUUGAUAAAGCCCCUACUGAAAGUUACGCCGAUAUUGGUGGUCUCGAGUCUCAAAUUCAAGAAAUCAAAGAAGCAGUUGAAUUACCUCUUACUCAUCCAGAAUUAUAUGAAGAAAUGGGUAUUAAACCUCCAAAAGGUGUUAUUCUCUAUGGUGCACCUGGUACUGGUAAAACACUAUUAGCGAAAGCCGUUGCUAAUCAAACAUCCGCAACCUUUUUGCGUGUUGUGGGUUCUGAAUUGAUUCAAAAAUAUCUGGGUGAUGGUCCACGUCUUGUUCGACAAUUAUUUAAUGCCGCUGAAGAGCAUUCACCCUCAAUCGUAUUUAUAGAUGAAAUAGAUGCUAUCGGAACCAAACGUUAUGAAGCUCAAUCGGGUGCUGAAAGAGAAAUUCAACGUACAAUGUUGGAGCUGCUAAACCAGCUUGAUGGAUUUGACACCACCAACCGUGAUAUCAAGGUCAUCAUGGCCACCAACCGUAUUAGCGAUCUCGAUCCUGCCCUUAUUCGACCUGGCCGUAUUGAUAGAAAAAUUCUUUUCGAAAGUCCUGACGAAACAACUAAAAGAAAGAUUUUCACUAUUCAUACGUCUAAAAUGAACUUAGGCGAAGAUGUCAAUCUCGAAGAAUUGAUUCAAUCCAAAGAUGAAUUAUCUGGUGCUGAAAUCAAAGCUAUCGUUUCUGAGGCUGGUCUUUUAGCACUUCGUGAACGAAGAAUGCGUGUUGUUAUGGAGGACUUCCGACAAGCCCGCGAAAAAGUUUUGAAAACCAAAGAUGAAGGCGGUCCUGCUGGCGGUCUGUAUAUCUAA